AUGGGGACCAUAGAUGUUGGUGAGGCUUCAUCUGUGUUUACUUUAAAACUGCAUAUUGGUGGUAAUUUGGUAUGGAAGCCAAAAGUUGAGUAUAUGGAUUGUUUUGUUGAGUAUUUUGAUCAUUUCAAUAGUGAAGAGGGAAGUUUACUGGAUUUAAGAAGGAUGGUAAAACAACUAAGGUUUUGUGAUAAAAAGGUCCAAUUCUGGGUUAAGAAAAAGGGUAGAAAAAAUGCAAAAAAACUUGAACUGAGCAAACUGACCAGUGAUGCAGAUAUUAUAGUUCUUGAUUUAGAGGUUCCAACAAACAAGGAGUUGGAUAUUUAUGUUGAACAUUUGUAUGAUGAUCAAUGGGAUUAUGAAGUAGAGAUAUCUAGGACUUUGGGAGAUGAUGCACUGUUGAAUGAUGGGAUAGAUGAGACAAGUGAACAAAGAUCUGAUAGGGAAGUAAAUGGACCAGAAACUUUGUUUGAAGAAGUUGAGGUAGAAGUCAAUAGUCCUGGUCCUAGUUCUAAGCAGGUGAACAAUGAUGAGGUACAAGUUGAUGAAGUUGAUUGUGUAGUUUCUGAAGACAUUUUUAGGAGUUUAGCUGAUUCAGAUUCUGAGAGGGAAGUGAAUGGUCCUGAAACUAUUUUCCAAGAAAGAAACCUGAAAAAAGAAGGUUUUAAGUUUGUUUUGGGAAUGAUUUUUAAAUCUGCCUCAGAGUUUAAGUGGGCUGUAAAGUAUUAUGAGGCAAUGAGAAGAAAAGAUAUUAAAUUUGCAAAGAAUGAGUCCAGAAGGGUAAGGGUUUAUUGUAGACACUCAGACAUCUGCAGCUGGACAAUGUUUUCCUCAAGAAGCAAUCCUAGAUGUCCAUUUCAAAUUAAAACAUACAACCCUGAACACACAUGUGGGGACCAAGAUGAAAACAAAACUGUUAAUUCAGGAUUCCUUGCUAAGUUGUACAAGGAUGAUUUUAGAUUGAAAAUGGACUGGGGGAGAAGAAAAUUUCAAGAGCAUGUGAAAGAGAAAUUACAUUGUCAAGUUACAAAACAUCAGGCUUAUAGGGCUAAGCAUAAGGUUAGAAAGGAGUUGGAAGGUCAAGAUUCUGAACAGUUCAAGAUGCUUAAUGAUUAUUGUGAUGAAUUAAAGAGAAGUAAUCCUGGGAGUACUGUCAAGAUGAAGCUUGAUACUUGCAAAGAAGGAUUUCUAAGAGGAUGUAGACCUAUUUUUGGGUUGGAUGGAUGCCAUUUGAAGGGUAGUCAGAAGGGAGGGCAACUGUUAAGUGCUAUUGGUCUUGAUGGAGAUAAUUGCAUGUUUCCUAUAGCCUUUGCUGUUGUUGAGGGAGAAUUAAAGGAAAGUUGGACAUGGUUUUUAAAACUGCUAGACAAUGAUUUGAACAUAGGAAGUAAUCCUCAUGCCUGGACUAUAAUAUCAGAUAAACAAAAAGGUCUGUUACCAGCUGUUGAAGAAUUGUUUACUGGAUUGGAGCACAUGUUCUGUGUAAGGCAUAUGCAUGCCAACUUUCUGAAGGAUGGCUUUACUGGAAAUGUUCUGAAGUUAAAAUUGUGGGCUGUGUGUAAAGCUACAACUGAGGCAGAUUUUAAAAGGUAUAUGGAGGAAUUAAAGGAAGAAAAUGACAAAGUUGUUGAGUGGUUGGCUGCCAGAGAUCCUAGGCAUUACUGUAGGGCAUUUUUUAGCACUUUUCCAAAGUGUGAUAUGCUUUUGAAUAAUUUGUGUGAGUCCUGGAAUAGCACUAUUUUUAGUUUGAGGGACAAGCAUAUCCUAACCAUGGUUGAUAAGAUAAGGAUUUAUCUAAUGACUAGAAUGCAAAAGAAUAGAGACAAAAUGAAAACUUAUCAACAUAAAAUCUGUCCCAAAAUCAGAAAGUGUCUAGAAGAUGCAAAGGAUAUGUCAGCUAGGUAUAGUACUUAUAAGUCACAUGAUAAUAUAUACCAAGUUGAUGAUCAGAAUUUCAAGACCUUCAAGGUGGAUUUAUCCCAAAGACAGUGCAGCUGUAGAGGAUGGGAUCUGACUGGCAUUCCUUUCAGUCAUGGUGUAGCAGCUAUAAGGAAACAAAGAGAAAGCCCUGAAGAUUAUGUGCAUCAAUGUUAUACAGUUGAGACUUAUUUGACAACUUAUGAACCUGCAAUACUUCCCAUUCAGUCUUCAGAUUUAUGGGUUAAAUCAGAUCUUCUAGCACCAAUUCCCCCAAAGUAUAAGGCAUCUGAAAGAGUUGAAGAGAUUAAUCAACAUGUUGAUGUUGAAGGGCAGUUUGAAGAGCAAGGUGAUGUUGAAGGGCAGUUUGAAGAGAUACCAGUUGAAACACAAGUGCCAUCAUUUGUACUUGAUGAAAUGGCAUCUCAGGAGGUAAUGGGUUCUCAGCCUGCACAACCACUUCAAAACCAGGUUCCACAACAGUCAACCUUUAUUGGUGCACAAGUUUCUAGUUCAACUGCUGCCCCUAAGAUUCUGACAGCUCAAGCAUUAAGAACUCAUGCAAUGCAGAGAUUGGCCAACAAAAAGAAAUGA